AAAGUGCUGUGUCCAUUAUGCCUUUUGAAUGGUGCGCGGGUGUUUCUGCGCACUUCCAAGCUCUUCUGUCUCUUUCUGCCAAACAUGGCGCUAGACCUCACUGUCAAGGUACACCCUGUGGUGUUAUUUCAGAUUGUAGAUGCUUACGAGCGACGUAAUUCAGACUCCCAGAGAGUCAUAGGAACACUUUUGGGUACCGCUGAGAAGGGCAUCGUGGAGGUGACGAACUGCUUCUGCGUGCCCCACAAGGAGUACGAUGACCAGGUCGAGGCUGAGCUCAGUUAUGCCAUGGAUCUCUAUGAUCUGAAUCAUAGGGUCAAUGCGCAGGAGAAUAUCGUGGGGUGGUGGGCAACUGGUAAAGAGGUUACCACGCAUUCGUCAGUCAUCCACGAGUAUUAUGCCAGGGAGUGCAAUAAUCCAGUGCAUUUGACUGUUGAUACGACUCUUCUCAAUACAACGAGAAUGGGAAUCAAGGCUUACGUUUGCGUACAGCUGGGUGUACCCAAUGGCAAGCAGGGAUGCAUGUUCACUCCGACUAAAGUUCAGGUCACAUCUUAUGAGCCUGAAAUAACUGGACUCCAGCUCUGCCAGAAGACGCAAUCACUGCCGGCAGGACCGAAAACAGGUGGCACAGUUGAGCCAAUGAUGGAUCUUGCUCAAAUAGCAGAGGCCAGCUCCAAGUUAUCCUCCAUGUUGGAUCAAGUUCUGAUCUACGUCGACGAUGUUCUAGCUGGUAAACAGCCUCCAGACAAUCAAGUCGGGAGGGCCCUCUUGGACAUGGUGCACUCGGUGCCUAAAAUGACGAGUGAUCAAUUUGAUGAAAUGUUCAAUAGCAACGUCAAGGAUUUGCUCAUGGUUGUUGCAUUGUCGCAGUUGAUUAAAACUCAACUUCAAUUGAAUGAGAAACUUACACUCCUCACUACCCUGUAAACUGUUGAUCGGGGAUAUCCGAUUCUCGAGUAUUUUUUAAAUAACAAGAUUCUUGUAUUAAAUGAUGAAAAAUAAAUUCCAAUGAUUAAUUUAA